AUGUUACAGCAAUUCGGAACGAAAUGUGCGUCUUGUUCCCGGCUGAUCCAUGCUACGGACUGGGUUAGACGAGCUCGAUCCUUUGUUUUUCAUCUAGCCUGCUUUGCCUGCGCUCAGUGUAAAAGGCAACUAAGCACUGGCGAAGAGUUUGCACUGCAAGACAAUCGUCUACUAUGUAAGCAACAUUUCGUCGAGCAACUAAGCACUGGCGAAGAAUUUGCACUGCAAGAUAAUCGUCUACUAUGUAAGCAACAUUUCGUCGAGUUGGUCGACGGCGAUUCGGGAGCGAACCAGCAAAAACAAAAGAUUAAACGAGUGCGUACGACGUUCGCUGAAGAGCAACUGAGCGUCUUACAGGCACACUUCCAAGUGGAUAGCAACCCUGAUGGAGCUGAUCUCGAACGAAUAGCCAAUAUCACAGGAUUGAGUAAACGAGUAACACAAGUCUGGUUCCAGAACUCAAGAGCUCGCCAGAAGAAGUAUCAAGGAAAUCGUAAAGGAGGUGAAGUAGCAACGGACAGCACACGAUCAUCGGAAGGUCCAGUGAGUCCUAGCCAGAAAAGUGAAGCCAGCAGCGAUGGAAUGUUUCCGAGCUCGGUUACUACCAGUGCCGAAGAAGCAAUGACCGAUUCUUCUGUUGUGCUUGCUUCACUGCAUUACGAUUAG